AUAACGGCUAUAAUUGGUAGGUUGUCAGUAGUCGCCUUGUGUUCCGUUCUGGUUACGUAUUGGUUGUUCAAAUCAUUGAGGAAUCUUCCAGGUAUCAACACGAUGAACCUCACCUUGGCCUUGCUGAUUGGAGAAACCAUGUUUAUUGAGGGAGAGUCGUCUGCUAUACCUUGGGUCUGCUCAUUGGUCGCCAUAUCCGUACACUAUUUCUUUCUUGCGUCCUUCUUUUGGAUGAACGUUAUGUCGUACGACGUUUACAAAACAUUUGCGAACAAAUGCAUCUUGACGCGGAUUAGAGGAACGAAAAAGUUUUUACCACGAUAUGCAAUGUAUGCUUGGGGUUCACCCGCCAUCAUCGUGGCGCUCUGUGUAUUUAUCGAAUAUGGAAAUGUUAAUGAUACGAACGAGACUUAUGGCGUGAAUCACUAUUCAGGGUGUUGGAUUACUCGUCCGGUUGCUGCUCUGAUAACGUUCGGGUUGCCCAUCAUGGUUAUUUUUGUGAUCAACACUGUGUUCUUUAUACGAACUAUUAUUUGCAUCCAAGCUACAGCCAAACUGGCUCAUCAUACAACGAGGCGAACAUUUAGUCACAUGACCGGAAAGAGUGACGUUAUGUUGUAUGUGCGCAUGUCUACGGUCAUGGGCUUCACGUGGAUUUUUGGGCUGGCGUCGUCCAUUAUAAGCUCUAUUUUUACCAAGCCUGAUCAGACUGUGUGUAUGGCCCUACGGAUUUUAAGUAUUCUUUUCACAGUGUUCAAUUGUGGACAGGGAUUGUUCAUCUUUUUCGCUUUUAUCUUUAAAAGACGGGUUUUUUAUUUAUACAAA